AUGCGUACACCACUGGAGAUCACUAUUGCUAGGCUACAAUGGAGAAAAGAAGAGAACAGGCUAGUUAAUCAACGCAAAGAACGAGAAUUUGAGUCGAAGCUUGAGGCAACCUACGAAGGCUUCAAAGAUGAAAUUGCACAAUUAAAGAAGGUUCACGACGAUGAAAUACAGACCCAGAUCCGGGUUUCAAGGGAAGAAUACAAUGUAUUGAAAAAGGAACACGAUGCCCUACUUGUUGAGCUGGGUCAACUGAACCGAGCACAACUAGGGUCUGAGAUGAAUCUUCAGAAACUUCACCAAGAGAUAGAUGCGUAUGAUCGAAGACAGGGACAAGCAAAACGAAGCUUCCAGGAAGCACUUGAAGAAUCCCAACUCGAAUUACAGAGCAAAGACAAACAACUACUGGAGGCAAAGACGCAACUAGGACGUUACACCGCGUUAUUAGAUGCUAGAGACCAAACCAUACAGGGGUUAAGAGAUAAGAAACUGGACUUAAUAGGAGACUUGGAAGCAUCAAGGCAGCACGAAUCACAGUAUCGAGAGCUUCUGAGAAAAGAGAGAGAACGCUUUCGAUAUCGGGAAAGGACGUUGGAUCUAGAAUUGCUAAAUAUGAAGAAAAUCUCGGACGAGAAAACACAAGAAUUGACGAAGAAGUUGCGCAGGGAAGAAACUAGACGCCGAUCUCUCUUCGAGAAGGUCCAGGAACUUCAAGGGGCUAUCCGCGUCAUAUGCCGCAUUCGGCCAGACAGCUCACGGGACCUGUUGGAGUACGAGGUGAGGAAUGGAGAGUUCCACGGUGAUCCAGCUAGUCUAAGCGUAAUCGAUGAAAAGAGGACGGUGUGGGGAGAUAUAAGACCAACAAAAUCAGAGAUAUACGAGUUUGAGCGAAUUUUCGGUCCCCAAGACACGAACCAUGACGUCUUUGAUGAGAUCAGCAACUUCGUCCAAUCAGUCAUUGAUGGGAAAAAGGCUUGUAUCUUCUGUUACGGACAAUCUGGGACUGGAAAAACAUACACGAUGAGCAACGUAGAUAGCUUCAUGGGCCGAAAAGAAGGGGUUGACUACCAGAACGACGGCAUCAUCCCUAGGGUAAAGACGAUGCUAUUCAAGGAAAAGGAAAGACUUGAAGAGAUUGAUUUCGUCGUAAACAUUAGAGGAUGCUGCUACGAAAUCUACAAUAAUCAAUUGUGGCUACUGAAAUCAGGUGGUCGUGAGAAGAAGUCCAUCUCAAGGAAUACUCGAUCUGUCAAAGACCCCGGUCUUAAGAGAUUGAAUCAUAGUAGUGACUUUGAUGACAUGGUCGAAAUAGGGAUGAACAAUCGGCAUUUCGGCGUAACAAAGCUGAACAACAACUCGUCCCGAUCGCAUUUCAUUAUCAGCCUUGAGACUAGCGUGAUGUCGAAGAACACCCCUGAAGCACUCCGAGAGGGUAUUCUCAAUUUAGUAGACCUUGCAGGCUCAGAGAGGACACAUCAAGCCGGCACCACAGGCGCAAAGCUACAAGAAGGGAAUAACAUCAACGCAUCACUGACGCAGCUGUGGAGAGUCUUCAUUAAUCUUUCAGAGGGAAAAAUACCAACAUAUAACGGUAACAUCCUCACCGAGUUCCUGCAGCGUUCCCUCGAAAAGGGUUGCAUGACGCUUAUGUUCCUCAUGAUCAGCCUCUUGAAAGAAAACUGGCCAGCAACAAAACAGACACUACAGUUCGCGUUAGAUGCUCAGUCUGCGAGAAAGUCAGGCAGAGGUACGAAAGCAGCGCCUGCAAGACCACUAUCCGGUAAACAACAAACAGCAGGCCAGAAGCCAGGAAACAGGAAGUAGACAGGGCUCCUAUUGUUGUUCCUCCGAUGCGAAGAGUUUUCGAGACUCGACAUUACAGCU